AGCCUGUCUCUCCCUGUAGUUCAGUGUGCUCAGUCACAGCAGAGGACAUAGCCUCCCUAAAGACACUCCCUGUCUCACAGGCCCUGUGCAACUGCUGCCUCUUCUACAUCACAAAGUCCGGAUUGAGGGGACACUUUACUGUCCGAUAAGCCGUACGUGGGAAAUGGAAUCUCCCCAGAACGUUUGUGUCCAACCUGAUUCUAGUCUUGAGAUCAUGAAAGCUGGAAGUGUUCUGAGAAAAGCCAAGUCUCGUAUCUGGAGAGGACACCGUCACUACAGGCUGAUGGAAGACUGCAAGACCAUCGCUUACAAGUCCACCUGGGCUAUGAAUUCAUACUCAACAUUCUCUGUAGCUGACGUGGAGGCGGUGCGCGAGGGCCAUGAAUCUGAGGUGUUCCUCAGUGUUGCAGACGAGUUCCCUCCAGAACGCUGCUUUACGCUUGUUUUCCGUGGCCGCCGUGGGAACCUGGACCUUGUGGCUGAUACUGCUGAGGAGGCUCAGGCUUGGAUUCAAGGCAUGCAGACCCUCAUAGAGAACCUGGAAAACAUGGGCGAGAGUCAGAAACUGGACCAAUGGGUGUCUGAUUUGUUCCUGAAAGCAGACAUAAACAAAGAUGGCAGGAUAAGUUUUAAGGAGGUUCGCAGGCUGCUGAAACUCUUAAACAUGGACAUGAAUGAAGACCAUGCAAGCUCUCUUUUUAAGAUGGCUGAUAAGACUCAGACAGGUCUUCUUGAGAGUGAAGAAUUUGUCCAGUUCUACAAGAUGCUUACCCAGAGGAUGGAUGUUUUGGAGCUGUUCCAGGACUACUCCAGUGAUGGACAAACUCUUUCACACUGUGAUCUGGAGGAGUUCCUGCGGGAGGAGCAACUGGAAGGAGAUAGAAGUCAUGACUAUGCCCUGGAGUUGAUCAAAAGAUAUGAGCCUUCAGAUACAGCCAAAGCCAACACCACCAUGUCAAUAGAUGGCUUCCUGAUGUAUCUGACCUCAGCUGAUGGUGCGAUCUUCAACCCUGAAGACCUGCGUCUUUUUCAGGAUAUGACCCAGCCUUUCAGCCAUUACUUUAUCUCCUCUUCGCACAACACUUACCUUCUUGAGGACCAGCUCAAAGGAAGAAGCAGCAUAGAGGCCUACAUAAAGGCUCUGAGGCGGGGUUGUCGCUGUUUGGAGAUCGACUGCUGGGAUGGUUCUAAUGGAGAGCCUGUUGUUUAUCAUGGUCACACUUUUACAUCCAAAAUACUGUUUAAAGAUGUAAUUGCCACUGUGGCAAAAUAUGCCUUUAAGACCUCAGAGUAUCCAGUAAUUCUGUCUAUUGAGAACCGAUGCAAUGCCGAGCAACAGAAAAUCAUGGCUCAACUCCUAAAGGAUAUCCUUGGUGACAUGCUCCUGAAAACUACAGUCGAUGGCAAAGUCAAUGUGCUGCCAUCUCCAGAGGAUUUGAAAGGAAAGGUCCUAGUGAAAGGGAAGAAGAUUGGAGGACUGGAGGAUGCUGACAAUCCUGGAGGUGGUGAGGUGAGCGAUGAAGAUGAUUCUGCAGAGCAGCGCAGGGACAGCCUGACCAAUGAGAGCUUACCAUCAGAUAGCAAGAAAUCAAAGCGAAAUCUUACCAAGGAGCUUUCAGACCUCGUCAUAUACUGUAAGAACGAGAACUUCACCAACUUUGAAGACUCACGUAUCAACGGCAAGCCUUAUGACAUAUCCUCCUUCUCCGAGUCUAAGGCCCGCAAAAUUAUCAAGGAAUCAGCUGCUGACUUUAUUCAGCACAACACAAGGCAGAUAACCAGAGUGUAUCCCAGCGGACUAAGGACAGACUCUUCAAACUUCUGCCCACAAGACAUGUGGAAUGUGGGAUGCCAAAUGGUGGCUUUAAACUUCCAGACAGCAGGACUGGAGAUGGAUCUUAAUGAUGGGCUCUUCAGUCAGAAUAACCACUGCGGAUAUGUUCUGAAACCUGAGAUCCUGCGACACAGUGAGCAGCAUUUCAAUCCAGACAGGCCCCAGGACCGCAAGGAUUACUGUCCCCUCAUCCUCACUAUUCAGGUAAUUAGUGGCCAACAGCUUCCUAAAGUCAACAACAAAGAAGGCUCCAUUGUAGAUCCCUUCGUAAGGGUGGAGAUAUAUGGGGUACCUUCUGAUCAAGCCAAACAGGAGACCAGCUACAUUGAGAACAAUGGACUAAACCCGUGCUGGAAUGAAACAUUAGAGUUUGUUGUCCACACUCCUGAGGUGGCACUGGUACGCUUUGUUGUGGAGGACUACGAUAUGGCAACCAAGAAUGAUUUUAUAGGGCAGUUCACACUACCCUUCUCCUGCAUUCAGUCGGGGUACCGCCACAUCCAUCUUUUAUCGAAAGAUGGCACAAGCAUUUGCCCCUCUUCUCUGUUUGUGCACAUUAACAUUACAGAGGCGUCUUAG